AUGAGCCCCAAACGAGCUCUUCACUGCAGGCUCUGUGCCAGGCCAACUGCUCUUUGUCUUGGCCAGCCUAGAGAGGCCAGGGGAGACGGAAGCACUUCCGAUGUAACGGAGUGGGUGCUGUGGCACGUCCGUGGGCGACUGGCCCCACUCGCGGGGCUGCCCGAGAUGUGGAAGGGGAGCAUCCCCGGGGACAGGGCGGGGGGGCCGAGAUGUGGAAGGGGAGCAUCCCCGGGCACAGGGCGGGGGGGCCGAGAUGUGGAAGGGGAGCAUCCCCGGGGACAGGGCGGGGGCGCCUUCCUCGCCCUCCCGUUCUCGCCCCCCUCCUCCCCUCCCCCGGCCGCGCAGCCUCUCCCCCAGCCCCAGCCCCAGCCGCAGCCCACCCACCGCCGCCAGCCGCCCGCCCCGGCUCCGGAGGAAGAGGAGGAGGAGGAGGACAGCAGCAGCAUCAGCAAGCCCCUGCGGCGGCGGGAGCCCGGGCCGCAGCAUGAGCCCGGCGGGGCGGGGGGAGGGCGGCGCUGGGGCUUCCAGGCGCUGUCCCUGGUGCUGCUGCUGGGGCAGGGCGCGCUGCUGGACCUCUACCUGAUCGCCGUCACCGACCUGUACUGGUGCAGCUGGAUCGCCACCGACCUGGUGCUGGCGGCCGGCUGGGGCAUCUUCUUCUGCCGCAACAGCCGGGCGCGCCGCCGGGAGCGGCCCCCGCCGCCGCACCCGCUGCUGCUGCACGGCCCCCCCGGCGGCCGCGGGGCCGGGGGCCGCGGGGCCGGGGUCCCCCCCCGCGGCGGCGACUUCGCCUACGCGCACCUCGCCUGGCUCAUCUACUCCAUCGCCUUCACGCCCAAGGCGGCGCUGAUCCUGGGCACCUCCAUCCUGGAGCUGAUCGAGCUGCGCCUGCCGCUGGGCACCACCGGCUUCCGCAUCACGCUGGCGCUCUCCGCGCCGCUGCUGUACUGCCUGCUGCGGGCCAUCGGCACCGAGGGCGCCGGGCAGCUGCUCCUGCCGCCGCAGCCGCCGCCGCAGCACCGCGCCGCCGCCGCCUUCCUCGCCACCUGCCUCGACCUGCUCGACAGCUUCUCCCUGCUGGAGCUGGUGCUGCAGCCCGGGCGGCCGGCGCCGCUGCCCGCCCCGCUGCGCUACCUGCUCAUCGCCGUCUACUUCCUCUGCCUGGCCUCGCCGGUGCUGUGGCUGUACGAGCUGAGCGCCGCCCGCCCGCCCGGCGCCGCCCGCCUGGCCCUGCACCUGCUGCUGCCCGCCGGGCUGCUGGACGCGCCGCUGCUGGCGCUGCGCUGCCUCCUGCUGCUGCGCUACCAGCAGCCGCUGUCCCUCUUCAUGCUCAAGAACCUCUUCUUCCUGACCUGCCGCGGCCUGGAGGCGCUGGAGACCUGCUGCCUCCUGCGCCCCGCCGCCGCCCCGCCGCCCGCCAAGUACGGCCCGGCCGCCGCCGCGCCCGCCGCCGCCCCGCUGGCCCACGGGCUCUCCGACGUGGACGUGGGUCCCCACGGGUACGUGAACGCCUUGGCGGUCACCGCCCAGGGCUGAGCCCCCCGGCAGCCCCCGGCAGAGUCUCUGUCUCUGCGUUCUGCUCAGGUUCCCUCUGCCGUGGCCGAGCAGGGGAAGAAGGGGACGUGGGUUUCCCGGCCAGACUCUCGUUCCCCUCCUCCUUUCCUCGUGGACAAAUCCAGCAGCGGAAGCUCCGCACAAAGCCGACUACCUGCAGGAGCCUACGGAUGGCAUUUGUCCCCGGAAAAUGCACCUGUCCUUCACGACAAGACUUCUUCUAGUGCUUCUGCAUCUCCACUGUCUGGAGGGUCUCACUCUUCCCCCCCCUCCCAGGACAUUGUGUUGCUUUGUCACCGAAAAGGCUCAGUUUUUCCUUUUCAUCCUCAACAGGGACCCGUGCAUUUUGUCCCCUCCCUUAAGAACUCCUGCUGACCACAAUAAUGAGAUGCAAGAGGGGCCUGACCAGCAGAUGUUGCCUCCAGGAAGGACAGAAGGAAGCAGGCUUUGGUUUCCCUAGGUCUUGCAAAGCUGCUGCCUGUGUUUCCCAGGCCUUUGUGUACCAGCUAAGGAACCUCUGGAAGCACGCUGGCCACUUGGUCACUUCAAGCCCAUGAGCCACCUUCUCCUAGCCAAAAUGUCUACCUCUGUGCUUCAACCUUUUGCAUCUUACAUUGACUUCACAUGCUAAAGACACCAGUCGGGCAUGGACACAAACCAGGGCUUAGGCCCCAUUUCAUCACCACCAAGACAUUUAUUUCUGCUGUCCUGAUGGGAAGGGGAAAUAAAGCACAACCGACUGCUACCCACAGCAGGACUGCAGGCGCAGCCCGGACUUUUUCCGCACACACAUUCAUUCUUUCUUUCAGGGCUUGGGCUUCAGGGCCUCUGUCCCACCUUCCUUGUCACAGAGUGGGAUCAACUGCCUGCUCCGGUGGACUGCUACAACAAAAUGUUUACAGUCUGGUAACUUCCAGCUCCCAGAGGCAGAAGUGGGGCUGCCAUGGGGCUCUUCUCCCCCAGCUCUCGGUGGGGCUGAUGGGUUUUGAGGGGCUGGAGAAGCCCCUAGAAAAGAUGGGUCAAUAGUGCUGUUCUGUUCAGAAGUGCAGCUAGGAUGGGUGACUCGCUGCUCUCCUCGUGCCAAAUGGAGAGUUGGCAAAAGCUAGGCUUACCUUUCCCACCAGUGCUUUAUUUUUAACCUGAGCCCUUACACGGGCAGUUGUGUGAAUUUUGGCCAGUGGCCUUUCUCUUCGGUAACUUCUUCUUGUCUGGACAAUCUUGGUGCUGUGAGUGACUGUGAUUGUAAAACUUGGUACUGUGAACUUUCCUAUGUGAUGUGAAAUGUGUUGAGGGGAUGCUAAGUUCCUGGCCAAAGGAGGUGUAAUUACAGGCGUAUUAUGCUUGUACAGAUACUUGUUUCCUUGCACCUUCCUUUUUCAGCAUUAAAUAGGUAGUAGAAGCUCAGAAAUAAUUAUUCAAUAGAGAAUAAGGUGAUACCUGAACCUAGGACUACUCCACUCUUCAGUCAAACAGCUGAAGGAAAAAAAAAAUCCCCAAUCAACUUUGCCAAAAACAAGCUGAAGGAAAAAAAAUAUUUUCAUCAUUAAAUAUGUUUGGCUGCUCCUAUGGCCAAGUUCCCAAUAGCACCACAGUGCUAAUCCCUAACACACUGAAGCAUGAGCAUAGUAGAGACAUCAAAAGAAUCACAGCACAGUUAUUAAUGAGUCUUACUUCAGUACCCCUUCAUAGCCCAUAACAAAGUUGCUGUUUCAAAAGUGAGUGCCUUUUUCCAGUUAGGAUGUUAUUGAGAAAAAUGGCAUAUUUGAAAUUUAUCAGGCCAUGGCAUAUUUAACCCAUUAGCAGUGAACUCACAGUUCAGAUUUUUCCAUGGAUGAAAAGGUUGCUCGGGACACAGGACCCUGCAAAAUGACACUUGUGUUGCAUAGAAUUCCUUUGUAGAAAAAGUUGUUCUUUGUGGUGCCAUGGUUUCUAGGUUGUUAGGAAAUGUGCUGUUUGGAGAGUGUUAAAGCUCUUGUAGUUGCCUAUACAGAAGCCCCCUUGCAGCUAAAAGGGCAGUUCUGCUGCUCCUGCAAUUACUUACUAUGAAAAAAAACAAACAUUUAGAGAUCUUCAAUGUCUUGUUUAUAAACCUGCUCCUCCUCUUGAAUUCCCUCCUCUUUGGUAACUGAGCUCUUGCUUCCACUUAAACCUUUCUGUUUGCAGAAGAGAGCAGGUGGUACCAGGCAGUGCAAACAAUACCUCUCCUGAUGCACCUUGCACAACUCCUGUACAUUGUGCCAACAUGAAAUUACUGGUCCAGGUCAGUGACGCUUUGCUGAACGAAUUUGUGCCAUACUAAGACACAGGUCCCUUGGGAUUCUGUUACACAAUUCAGUUAUUUAGCAUUUUACUGCUCUUUGUUUGCUACCCUGACAAAAGAGAUGACUACUCCCAGGAGGGGAAAUGGAAGUGAGAGAUAAGGCCUGUGGCUGAUGGACACUUGGCAUCCCCCUGGCAUUAAUCAGAACUUGUAUUUUUUAAAAAGCAAGAUUGUUAAAAUAAAAUUAGAAACUUGUGACUGAUUCUGUUCCUUUUUUCCCUCCUUUGAUUCUUGCUGGGCUGUUCAAUUUUGUAUUGAAUAGGGACCAAUAGAUGUGUUAAAGUUACUUGUUUUCCUCA